AUGUCAGGCUCUACAUUAGAGAUCACAGCUAUUGCAUCGGUCACAGCCGGUCCAUAUCCCAAGCUGCCUGAUGUUGUAGAAUGUGCGCCAGAGUAUGGAGAGAAUCUUGACAAACACGCUUGCUAUAAGGCUUUACAGACCAUGCCAGAUGGCCGUCGAUUUUCGCAAUUCGUGUCGCGUAAGAGAUAUCAUGGCCAGGAGGCCCUCAUAACUCCGGUCUACUACUACGAUAAUAAUAUGAACGCGAGCUGCAUCAUCGACAAUUUUGGACGGGGUGGAUUUAUCACAUAUAAACUCGAAAACACCAUCGAGGGGGUUUCGAAGUAUAAGAAAGUACCUGCUGGCUACAAUACCCCUCUUUUCUUGACCGUGCAGGUUUCCCCGAGGCAAGGCAGAGGGAGACCUGGCGACACAGACCCUCGAGUCAACGAAGCGGUACAAAAUGGCUUGCUUGAAUCAAUACCACCGAUUGUGUUCAAGGUGAACCGUGCCAAAAUAUUCGUGAUAGUCAACGCACUCAAAGAAAUUUACAAGCGCAUGAGGAUCGGAGGAACUCAAGCCUGGUGGGAUAGUAGGAACAUCACUAACUCUAUACCUGAGAACGUAGAUUACAACUGUUAUGGAAGUGAAGGGUCGCCGAGGCCCCGCGACUGUGAAGAUGCCUCUUUCACAUUCAUGGGAGAAGGAAAUGUAAUAGUAGGCCCUAAGGAACCGCUCAUCAAGCAAGUUGGUAUGAAAACCAACGACAUACUGCUGCUCCUGCCGAAAUCUAAUCUGAACAGGUAA